AUGUGGCUACGGGUUUGGAUUAAGUACCUGGCCUACACGUGUAUCGUAAUCAUCGGCGUGCUAUUUUUGACGUUUUCGCUGCUGAAUUUUAACGGCGAGGAGGAGUUCAAUUUAAACUUGACGGCCAGUCAAAACAUUCGUAAAGUCCCACUCUUCGACACUUGUCCAAAGUACACCUAUCGACACGACGAUCCGGAAAUAUUGGCGCUGGUUGGAGAGUCGAUAAACGAUCCCCUCUGCCAGCGGGAGCCCGGACCAACUUACCUGAAAAAUGGGCACAUCUACAAAAACCUGGGGUAUCCGGAGGUGAAGGAUUACGAAUGUACUGCAAGAUGCGCAUUCUACGGCAGCAACUACGAAAACAAAUACGGGCCGGAGUGUCGCGUAGGCGUGAAUUGUACAGCGUUCAAGUGUGAUAUUAUCGACGUGGUAUGUCGCGGAAUCGAUGGGAACUUGACGUAUUUCGAUAUUCAUACGCAGAUUUUUGAGCACAGUCGAGAUCGAAAGGCGGUGUUUGGAGAUCGGUAUCGACCCGGGAAGUCACCGAAAAUCGAGCCGAACAAGCACUUUUAUCCUAAUGUCCAUAUUUUUAUUUUGGACGCUGCGGGAAGAUUUCCGGCUUUUAGGCAACUCAACCAAACGAUCAGCUACCUGAAAAACGAGAUGCAAGCUGUGGAUUUUACGGCAUUUGCCAGAGGCGGGCCAAACAGUCGCUCGAAUGUUUUUGGAUCAUUUAUGGGUGAUUGGGAAUACGAGAUAGAGCGAUCGAUGUACGGCGGCUCGACACUUCCGAUUACCAUAACCGACGAUUUGUGCGCCAAGGGGCUGGAUGAACGCCCUUAUAUACAGUAUGAAUACGAGGACGCCGGCUACCGUACGAUGUUUGCGCAAGAUUAUUUCCUAGUGCUGUGGGGCUACGUGGAAUGUGCGGGGAUUGCCGCCCAGCUGGCCACGCAUUACAUGAGGCCCUUCCAACUUCUUACAAUCAAGGAAUGGGACGUUUGGAAUCCGGAGCCACUCGAAAAAGUCGGGUACCAAUACCGGGACGAUGCUCUGCUGUCAGCCCACCUCAGGAAUUGGUCACAAUGUGGCUCAAACUUUCAGCAUGUCGUCGAUUAUACGUCGAAAUUUAUGAAGUCUUAUCCAGACCAACCAAAAAUGUCGAUCAGCUGGACGGCCGAGGCGCACGACUCGGAGACAGGGCACCGCAAUUCGGAUAAGUACUACCUGGACAUGCUGAGAACAAAUAAGAGACAACUAGAUGAUGCGAUCUUGAUCGUGAUGGGCGACCACGGGCAGCGAUUUGGACCGGUAGCCAGCACCGACCAGGGCAAAUUCGAGAUGAACAACCCGCUGCUCCUCGUUUCGUUACCUAAGCGAUUGAGGGACUCAAAAGUGGCGAAAAUGCUCCAGAAAAAUAAGGACGAGCUUAUGAGCCAUCAUGAUUUGCAUGCCACAUUUAUUGAUAUUAUCCGGCACCAAGCCCCGGCCGAUUUUGGGGAAACGGACUUCCGGAAAAUUGAAGGGAGCAUUGGAAAUUCUCUACUACGUGAUCUCGACCCGAAUUCCCCAAGAUCCUGCAAAUACCAGCCGAUUCCGUCGCAGUACUGUAUCUGUGACUAUGGGCAGUAUGAGGCGCUGAAUCGAAAUGACACGAUGUGGACGGUGCUGCCGAAAAUGAUCGAAAACGACGCGGCCGAAUAUUUGAAUCAGCAUGAGCUAGUCGAGUUGUGUGAUGAUAUUACGGUAGCAAAUGUCACAUCAAUCUCAACGCGAAAUAACGGCGGGAACGCCACCUAUUAUAAUGUGGAAUUUUUCACGACAAAUGCUGCUCAAUUUCAGGUUUCCUACACCUCAACAGACGGUAAUAUCCAAAUGGCGCCGGUUGACUUCAUGAGAUUAAACAAAUAUGGCAGCGCGGCAUCUUGCCUUCCCUCCCGCUUGGCCAUGUACAAACCAGUGUGCUACUGUAGAAAGCAC